GACCUGUGUGACUGACUGUUUUACUUAACAAAUCUGUAAUCUAUGCCGAGAAAUUGAUGCUACAACCUUUGUUGUUGUUAAAUAAAACAUCAGAACCUUAUGGAUAUACCUUUACCUUGUGGAUGUACUUUAACCUUGGGUGUUGACUAAAAGAAGCUUUAUUUGGAUACUUGUUUGAAUUUGUUGUUCCUGUCAGUUAACCAAACAUGUUAAUCAGGCCCACAUCAAAGUUGCUUCACGACAGCAGUAAAAGGACACUGAAAUUUAUUAUUAGGAUAGUCUAUUCCAGAGUUUCCUACAAACUGGACUAAUUUUCAGAAUCUUUCAUAUUUUGUUGUCUGUUUUCCUCUCUUCCCAAUUUAUUGACAUAAUUAUAAUUACAAUAUAAUUAUUGUUAUUAGACUAUGAAAUUCAUCCCAUAUUUUGCUACAGGUAUAUAAAAAAUAAAUAAUAAUUAAGUAAAUUUGAAUGUUUACAAAUAAUUUCUGUAUUUUCCUGGGAAAUUAAAAUAUCAGGCAGUGUCUUUUUUUUCUUGUAGACAACUGGAUAGUCUCUUAGACAAUCACUUCCUCCAAAAGGCCCAGAACAAAAAAAGCAAUUUUAUCACACUCCAUUUGAUUCUAUAUUCCAACCACCUUAAUUUGAAGGUGGAUCAAAUAAGGUAGUUGUAUAGAAUUAUCUUAAAUUUACUGUUGUUUACAUUUGCUACAUUUGAAAUCCCUCUCCUGCGUAGAGCCCCUGCAGUCAAGGGUUAUGCUAUUUUUUCAUUCAAAGGUUAUAAUCACAAUGCCUUUCAGCAUGUUUCGUCUUUGGUUGUAAUUGUGAACUCCACGGAAAUGAUUAGGGUACAAUUAUUAGGAAAUACAUAAUUAAUUAUUUUUCUGUUUUGAACAGAAAGACGAAAAUUAAUUUGACCUUGUUUGGGAUCUUCAAGAAGUGCAGUUAAGUUUUUUUUUGGACGAAAUUCCGUGAAUUUCAUUGCGAGACGAACAAUCGAGAACAGGAAGUUGAUUGGCGUGACGAAACGGAUGUUAGUAGCAAUACCGCUUCAAUGACGUCAUCGUACUAUGCAGACUCUGUACACACACUUUGUUGCGAUUUGAUUUGAUUUACAGUACUUGUGGUUUUACUGUCCGCCACAGAAACGUGAAAGUGAUAGUCUGCAAAAUGUUUUGAUAAUGCGUUCUACGUUUUGCAAGCAAUUUUCUGCUGGAUAGAACUUUGAUAGAUGAGCUUUAUGUGCGAAGCUGGGAGUUGUGAAACAUGUUCGUCAUGAUUUCACGUUACUACUGCUCAAUCAGCUGCUUUUCGGCUCGAAACACGAGAGACAAUUAUUCGAAAGAUGGAUCCCCAAAUCAGUAGACUGUUACUGAGUGCUGAACAGGGAAACUUGUCUAUGGUUUCAGCGCUCUUAGACAAAGGUAUCCAUGUCGAUUCGACUGACGAAGAGGGAGUAAAUGCACUCCACUCCUCGUCAGCAAACGGCAAUGAAAACGUUGUGCGUUUGUUGUUGUCACGAGGUGCGAGUUUGAACGCUACAACAAUCUACGGUUGGACGGCCCUGAUGCUGGCCGCUUAUUACGGACAUUUCAUGGUCUGUUGGAUUUUAAUUCAACACAAAGCAGAUAUACAGGUUAAAAACGAACUCCGUUCAACAGCUCUGGACUGUGCGGCUCGGAGCGGUCAUGUACAGAUCGCCGCUCUCUUGAUCGAGUCUCUGCAGGUGGAUUACAGCAGUCCAGAAGCAUGUCUCAAUACUCCGCUAAUGAACGCGGCUCAACAUGGCCACGAGGCGGCCUUAAAAUUGUUCCUUGAAAAGGGGGCAGAUGUUAAUUAUAGAGACGAAAAAACGGGAUGGACGGCGCUGAUGUUAGCAGCCUUAAAUGGCCACAUGACAGCAGUGCAAAUUCUGGUAGAGUUUGGCGCGGACACGAACACUCUCAACUACAUCGAUCAAACUGCGUUCGAGAUUGCUGCUACUCGGCAAAAGACCGAAGUACAAGGAUUUCUCGAUGAAAGAACUACUGCGAGACCGCAAAUUAAAGGUCAGAUGUUUAUUAGACCAAGUAUCAUUGAAGCUGCAAGAAGUGGUAACUUAGCAUCUGUUAAAGAUUUACUGGACCUUGGUGAAGUUGACAUCAAUGCCAGAGAUGAAGAUGGUGCAACACCAUUGAUGUACGCUGCUAUGGGUGGACACUACACAAUAGUGCAGUUACUGAUACAACAUGGUGCAGAUGUCAACAAGCACGACAAGGGCAGUGGCUGGACAGCACUGAUGCAAGCAACUUACUACAGGCAUAAAGCUGUUGCUAAGUUGCUGAUUGACUCAGGAGCUAACGUCAACAUCCAAGAAAAAAAUGGUUGCACAGCCUUUGAUGUGGCCAGCAUUAUAGGUGAUACAGAGAUCCUACGUCUCUUAGCUUCGGUCAGCAUGCACGUUCCAGCCACUCCUAAGAGUUAUUAUAGUUCUUCAAGUCUUCAAGAUAGAAAAGGAAAGGCUGAUUUUAAGAGUUCCAUAAGUGACUUAAAGAAAGAUUUUUCAAAACUAGAUAGUGAUCUUAUAACAGACACUGGAAGGAAGGUAUCCAUUAGUGAUUUUAAGAUUAUUCUCUUAUUAAUCUCUAAAUGCUCAGUUAUAUAAGUUAGUUCAUUUAUGCCAAAGUAGUGAGUGAGCAUAUGAGUUGUUGCAAGUUGUAGACUAGUCUUGUGGUCCAUCUUAACAAACAAGUUAAUAAAUAACUAAAUAAAUAAAUAAAUAAAUAAUACAGAGUCCGAAAUUGCGACCAGCUGGUCGCCAAUGUGUCUAAAAAUUUGGCAUUGGUGACCAGAAUUUCAAAGCCAGUCGCCUACUGGUGACUAACUUUUAGCGUCGUGGCAAUGUUUUCAACCACGGCUCAAGGAAUUAAAUCAACAAAUAAUUGAGAUAAAAAAAUAAAGGUAUGAUUGUCAUUAAAUGACUUUCAAAAACAUUGUAAUCCGCGCACUGAAAUCGAAAUUUAGCGACCACCAUGUUUUCAUUGGUUUCAUCUUACAGCCAUAACCGUGGGCGCAGUGUGUAAACACGUGCUUUCCUUUUGCAAUUGAAUAUUCAAUGAACCAUCAUGUUUCCUGGCACUCUUCAAACUUUCCAAAAUGCUUUGCAGUCUGGCGAUCAAGAAAACGCAAAAAACUUCAUUCAAGACUUGGACAUAGAUAUAGCUUGUCUGUAGAAAUAAACAUAUAAUAAUGUUUAAAUACAAAGCGUGUCUUCGCGUUAACUUUUUAAAUUCUUCCAAACCUGUCUUGAGCUGCUUGAAGUGGGCUACCUUAUUAAGUCCAAUCUUACAUCAGGCAAUAAUAUAUCUGUAUACAUACCGGUAACUCUAAAAUGAAGAGAAUCAGAACGCCAAAUGAUCAAAAUUUCAUUUCUUUGUAAAUUUUCAACAAACGAAGUUAAUAUCAACAUCAGGAAACUGGUACGAACAAUUUUGUUCUGAAGUGGCCUGGAAUGAGCAAUAUGACUGCUUGUCCAUGCGUGUUUUAUUGAGGCUUCGUUCGCUUCGUACUGGUAAGUGUGUCAAAAGGAAGUGGCUUCUUGUUAAGUCUCCAAACUAAAAGGGCUCUCUAUUUAACAAAAGCUCCUUUUCAACGUAAUCUACAUGCUAAUUCAGGGUCUGAAAUUGCGCUUUCCUGGUCACCAAUGCGACUAAAAAUUUUGCACUGGCGACCAGAAUUUUACAACUGGUCGCCAGUGGGCGAUUAACUAUUUCAUGCCACGGUAAUUGCACAAACAAGAACUUUGAUUUUAGCCAAAUCGAUUAAAAUAAAAUUCAAAGCCGCCCACCAAUUGGUCACUUCCUUUUUACCUUGCCGCUGCUUUUGAAGUAUAAAACCGAUUUUUCUGUUAUCAUAAAUCUACCUCGACGUUUUACAGCUACGAUCAGUGCGAAGCUUCGCCACCAUGUUUUUUCAGCGGUUUCCCAUAACAUAUGUGUUGCGGGAGCAAAGGAGGCCCCAUGCAUUCUUUCGCCAUGAAUAUUUAUUCAGGCGAUGUGGUGU